AUGAUAGACUUUACUCACCAGUUUCCAUCAAACUCCCCUCACUACUCCUCCACUCUCCUUAUUACAAACCACUUUCCAUUAAACUCCCCUCACUACUCCUCCAUUCUCCUCAUUACUAGCCAAAUUCCAUCAGAUCUCCUCCAUUCUACUCAAACUCUCUUCAGAUCUCCUCCAUUCCACUCACAUCUCCUCCAUUCCACUCAGAUAUCCUCCGCUCUACACAGAUCUCCUCCAUUCUACUCAAACUCUCCUCCAUUCUACUCAGAUCUCCUCCAUUCUACAUAG